AUGGCUGCAGCCCAUCGCCAUCGCAAAUCCGUUGCUGCAGAUCACCCUGUCCGUUCCUCCCAAAACGUCGAAUUUCUCACCGACAAAGAGAUCUCCGACUUCCUCGACGACCUCGACCACGAUAACGAUGGACACAUAAACUACGAAGAAGUCGAGCGAAAACUCGACCAGGAACAUGCCAAUCUAGUCCCCAAGCCGAGUGCCCACCAUGUCAUCAGCACAGACCACAGCGACGAUGACCGCACUCGCCAUGCCUUUCUGCGAAGGAUGAUGGGUGAUUCAGGUGUGGAUCGAAUUCCGAGAGAUGAGUUUGCCAAGAUGGUAAAGGAGUGGAAGAUUCCGUCGCUCAAGCAGGCGAAGAAGGAAGAGGACGAGGAUAAGAGUUAUAUCAAGAGACUGCCCGGCUGGAGACGAAUUCGUUCGUACUGGGCUGUCCACGGGCCAGAGAUUGUCUUCCUCGGUGUUGUCAUCAGCAUGCAGCUGGCAUUUGGAAUAUGGCAGCUGGUUAAGUACCAAACGACACCUGGCUACCGCGCUGGAUUUGGCUGGGGCGUCGUCAUGGCCAAGACCUGCGCCGGAGCUUUGUAUCCGACCUUCUUCUUUCUGAUUCUCAGCAUGUCGCGAUACUUUUCUACGUGGCUGCGCAGGUCGUACCACAUUUCGCGCUUCUUCAACUGGGAUCUUUCGCAGGAGUUCCAUAUCAGGAUAUCCUGUGUUGCUAUUCUGCUCGCGACGUUGCAUGCCAUCGGGCAUUUAACUGGAUCAUUUGUUCACGGUAGCGAUCCAGCGAAUGAGGAUGCGGUGGCAGAGGCACUUGGUCCUGAUAAGGUUCCUCGCCCUUACAUCGACUAUGUUCGAUCUCUACCCGGUUUCACUGGUAUCACUGCUCUCGGCCUCUUUUGGACCCUCUGUCUGCUUAGUAUCCCACAGGUUCGACGAUGGAACUAUGAGAUCUUCCAACUUGGCCACUUGCUCAUGUUUCCCAUCAUUGGUCUUAUGAUGGCUCAUGGAACAGCAGCGUUGCUUCAAUGGCCCAUGUUCGGCUACUUCCUCGCCUUCCCCACACUUUUAGUCCUCGUGGAGCGUUCUGUCCGUGUUGGUCUCGGAUUUCACCGCAUCAAAGCGACCAUGAAGGUACUGGACAAGGAGACUGUUGAAAUCACAGCAAUCAUCCCCAGUGAACGUCUCUGGAAGUACAAGGCUGGCCAGUAUAUCUUCCUGCAAGUUCCCAAGAUCAGCUUCUUCCAAUGGCACCCAUUCACUGUGUCUUUCUGUCGCGGUAACAAGAUGAUGCUGCACAUCAAGACAGAUGGCAACUGGACUGCUAAGCUUCGUGAGCUUGGAGGUGAUCCUGGAGAGUCAGAGAUUGAAGUUGGUAUCAACGGCCCCUUCGGUGCACCUGCUCAACGGUUCUACGACUUCAACCACUCUAUCAUCAUUGGAGCUGGUAUUGGUGUCACGCCGUUUUCUGGUAUUCUUGCCGAUCUACAGUACAACGACGAUCUCGACCAUGGCGGCCCAAACCAUGAAGUCGAUCAUCACCGCCACGACUCCGAAACAACUGCCAUUCCACCAGCUGCUCGUCGAUCAGACUCAAGUAGCAGCGAGGAAGCAACCAAUAGCGACAAUGUCCCCGAAACGCCCACGCGACAAGGAAGCGUCGGGCCUGAUCUCAUCAAUAAAGAGAAACAGCCACAAGCCGAUAAAGCAAGCAGCUUUGCAGAAGACUACCGACGGGUCGAUUUCCACUGGAUGGUCCGUGAACGAAAUUACCUUCUCUGGCUGUCUGAUCUUCUCAACGAUGUAUCCAUGAGUCAAGACUGGCAUCGCGAGCAUGAAGAUAAACCCCAUCUCGACAUCCGCAUCAACACACACGUAACAGCCAAGCAAAAGAAGAUCUCGACUCACGUGUACCGAUGGCUAUUGGAGAUGCACCGCACAGAUGAGCAUCCUGCCUCGCCGCUCACAGGUCUUCUUAAUCCAACACACUUUGGCCGGCCCGACUUUGAUCUCAUUUUGGACGAGCAUUAUGAAGAGAUGCUCAAGUUCCGGGCGGGUAAGAGGACAAGUACAAGGGAUAAGGAGGACGAGAAUUAUGAAGAGGACGAAGAGCUCAAGGUUGGCGUGUUUUACUGCGGUGCGCCUGUUGUGGGUGAGAUUCUGGCGGAUAAGUGUCGCGAGCUCACGCUGCGGGGAUGGCAGGAUGGCAGUAAGUUGGAGUAUCACUUUAUGAUCGAGGUUUUUGGAUGA